GCGGCCAUAAAAUAGUAAUAAUAAUAAUACUAAAAAAAAUAAACCGAAUUCAAAAUGAAAAUUAGGCAUAUGCACACCAUAUAACGACGCGCAUACUACGGCGUGUUUGCAUUCGCGUUGAACAUGUUGUACAUAAAGUUGUACAAUUUUGUUUGUGUUUUAUUGUUUACCGUAGUGCUACCGUUACCGUCUGCCAAGCCAAACAAAACUUGCGGGGCCGAGUACAACGAUGAAGUGCCGUCGUCGGAGAAAAUACUACGAUGGUUGACUGAUCCUUGUCGGUACGACAAGACAGUGGCUCCCGGAAAACUCGUCGCACACAAUCCAAUCGUCGUGUCCACUAGGAUUCAUGUCUACCAUUUGACUUCCGUGUACCCGCGAAACCUGGACUUCACAGUGCGAAUACUGUUACAAUUCCGGUGGAAAGACGUCCGACUGGCAUUUGACAAUUUAGCACCGAUGGACUCCUCUGAAGUGGUGUGCCAAAAGGGAGUAUUGGAGCGAAUAUGGAUACCAAAUGUGUACAUCACCAACGAGAAACAUUCACUGACGGUGGACGACAUGACCGAAGACCUGAUGGUCACUGUAUUACCGGACGGGACCGUGAUGUUAUCGAUCAGGUUGAAGACAUCCGUAUUCUGUUGGGUGAAGCUAGGCAGAUUCCCGUUCGACCGCCAACAAUGUCACUUGAUCAUGGAAACCUGGAGGUAUGAUACCACACAAUUGGUGCUUGAAUGGGAAGACGAAUCGCCGGUCACAGCAGCCCUGAAUGAUAACUCGUGGGUGCCUUAUUUGACGGAAUACAAAUUGCUGAAAAUAAUACCGCACAGCUCUGAACACUACGUCGAACCAAUUUCUCUGGACCCGACUUCUACUUACCGUUACACAUCGUUGACGUUAACGUUCCUACUAGCCAGGGAGUAUGGGUUCUAUAUCAUGGACUAUUAUGUGCCUGGCAUAUUGUUGGUGACGGUUUCGUGGGUGUCGUUUUGGAUGGCACCCGAUGCGACGCCUGCGCGUGUCGCAAUCGGUACCAGCACAAUGCUUACAUACUUCCAGCUGGGUGUCGACACAGGUUCUAAGCUACCUAAUGUGUCCUAUAUUAGAUCCAAUGACCUGUGGUUUAUCGUUUGCACCGCGUUCAUAUUUCUCUCGUUGGCCGAAUUUGCCUUUGUCAACACGAUAUGGCGAUACGGAUGCCAUCCCGUCGCGUUGAAAAGCAAAUCCAACAAACAAAUGUUUAAGUCAUCGAUCAAAGCCAGCAAAAUGUCUAAGGGGAUAGUCAAUAGCGACCGACCGCGACAACCCAUCGCAGCCGGCAGUUUAUUUAUAGACGGAAUAAGGCUACAGAACAAUGUAGGGUACGGCAGAAUUAAACGCAGAACUGCCCUACACGAUGGAAAUGAAAGCAAUGGGCAAGGUGAAAUUCAAGGUAUCCGAAGAGUCAGCACGUCAAUUGCACGGUGGCCUAACGACUACGGCCCAACAGAUUUCGAUUUGGAUCGACGAGAAGAGCAGAAUUGUGUUCCCAGCAUCGUUCAUUUUAUUCAACGCAGUAUAUUGGAGCCUGUUGUGGGUUUAACAAGACUUUGAUGACCUAUGGAAAUGGUUGUUAGCACCUUCAAUGUUAUACUUGAAUUUCAAGGGGAUAUUCUGUGGGACUAGGUAUGCCCGGCACGGCCAUCCUCAGAAUUCUAUGAAGGACCAAUGUAAAUGGUAUAGAUAAGUAUACCGCACCUGUGUACCAAUAUUUUUAAAUACUAUUACCUUUGCUUGAAUGUAAGUAUAGCAAUUUCGUUUUUGUAGAUUAGUUUCAAUUGUCGCCCAUGAACUAAACAAUAAUAUUAAAAUGUAUACCUACCUUAUAUUAAUAGUAACUGUUUACUUGUUCAAGUCUUUUAAUAUCAUAAAUAUAUUUAUACAUUUUUUUAAUUUUUCAUACAUCGUUGACGUUUAGACUGCACGCACAAAUUAUUUUGAUAACAUUUUUUAUGAAUCCAUCCUCACCAAAUAUCUAAUAAGGAAACUAAUCAAAAAAAUAAUAAAAUAAAUACAUUCAAAAAUAAAUUGGCUAUAUUGUAUCAAAAUAAUGGUGGUAUAAGAUUUGUAUUCAGUAUUCAUAGUAAAUUAUUAUAUAAUAGCAAAAAUAUAAAGUAUAAAAUAUCACCACAUAUGCUUGGAGUAUGCAUGAGUAUUCAAUUGGUUUAAAUUAAGAAAAACAAUUAUAACAAAAUAUAUAUAUUAAUUAAAAACAAUUGAAAAACUAUAUCAAAUUAAGUUUAAAAUAAAAAUAUUAUCACCGCA